AUGUCUGGCAUUACCACCUCCACCGUCCCCGUUAAACUCAAACUCUCCGAUACCAGAAUCUCUCCUCUAUUCUCUUCUUCUGUUCCUCAUUCCCUCAGUUUCCACUAUUCUCCCUCCUACACCACCGUUCGUUACGGUUUUACCCUCCGCACUUCCGCCUACGGUAACAACUUCAGAAGACCACCACCUAAGAGAGAUGUCGACGAAGAAGAGAAAGCUCUUGACCUCUCCAAAAUUAGGUCGAAUACGGUUAGGCUUAUUGAUCAGAGUCAGAAUAUGGUUGGAAUUGUGACUCUUGAUCAGGCCAUUCAAAUGGCUGAAGAUGCCGAACUCGACUUGGUAAUAGUAUCCGCUGAGGCAGAUCCUCCUGUUGUUAGAAUAAUGAAUUACAGUAAAUAUAGAUAUGACUUACAGAAGAAGAAAAGAGAUCAGCAGAAGAAAAGUGCUGCUAGUCGGAUGGAUUUGAAGGAGCUCAAAAUGGGAUACAGCAUAGAUCAACACGAUUAUUCUAUACGUUUGAAAGCUGCACGGAAAUUUUUGGCCGAUGGUGACAAGGUUAAGGUCAUAGUAAACCUUAAAGGUCGUGAAAAAGAAUUCAGGAAUAAUGCUAUUGAGCUUAUUAAACGUUUUCGGAACGAUAUUGGGAAGCUUGGAACAGAGGUGGCUAAAAACUUCCGUGAGAGGAACAUUUAUAUAACCCUGAUUCCAAAUAAAGCUGAAGUGCAGAAACCUCAAGAAACACCAAAAAAAGCUGCAGCAGUUGAAGUCUCUGUCAGUGCCGAAGCAUAG